AGCUUCUUGAAACUAGUGGUUUCUCCACACCAUCUUUUUGCUCUGCUCCAUCUCCGGCAGCUUCUUGAACCGGGGGACAAGACACGUUGGACUCUAGCGAGGGAAGUCCAGAUCUUCGGUUGAGAGUCAUAUGGGCUAUAUACAAUCGCACAGGCAUCAAUCCCGCAUAGGGUGAUUAGUGUAGCUUAAAAAUUUGUUGGCUGUGGACUUCUUUUUGUGGCUUGCUUUUCCUUUGAAGAAAUUGAAGGUAUGUGUUGCUUCUGCAUUUGAUUGCCUUAGUUUUGUUUGGAUUCUAGGAAAAUGGUGGAGAAUAAGGGAUAGUGAAAGCGAGUUUGUUUCUUUUAUUCUCUAUUCUUUGAAGAUAGAAACUUUAUCUGAUUUAUGUGCUCUUGAUUCAUUUUGAUUAGCUUUGUCUGGUGUCGUUCAACACCAUGUUGCCAAUAAAUCUGACUUGAUUAGUUCUUGUUCCUCUGGCUUACCGCAUCAUGAACAUCUCCAGGAAAUUGUUGCGCUUCUGUAAAUUUUUUGCUAGUGAAGACGUCAGAUGUUCUAAACUAGGGAUUUAGGCCAUUGCCCGCUACAUAGACGUGGCUUUAGUUAACAAAUUUUUUUAUUUUAAUCUUGAAAAAAAGUUUAAUAUCGGGGAAGAAGCUGUGGUUUUGUGUGUGUUGGGGGAGGUAGCAAAAGGUUUACAACUUACAACAUAGGAGCAUUCUGUGCUAUGUUUUCAUAACUAUUAUUAGUAUACAAUUAUAUAAUGUCUAUUGCACAUGUUGGAUUGUGGUGCUUUGGUAAUAUGUGGCCUUCUCUUCUGUUGUCCUUGUAAACAGAUUGAGCUCCCACCCUACAUUGAUAUUGUGAAAACAGCUCGAUUCAAGGAGCUCCAGUACAUAUCUCAUAACAAGGCUGGUUGCUGUUGCAAUGCAGAAGUUUGUUGUGGAGGUGGCAAGUGGUGCACUUUAGUAUGAUACUAAAACUCUUUCUCUAUAGUUUUUCCUUUGCUUCCCCUGUUACAUUUUUGGGGCUUACUGCAUAUGGUAUAUUUUGCUUGGCCUGAUAAGGCUGACAGUGUUUGCAAAAUUGAUAGUAUCUCAAGAUAUUUGAUGCUAGAAGUAAUAAAUAAACUAAUUUCUCAUGCUUAAGCUCCAAGUCUCUAAUAUGAAUUAUGGAAUGAAUGUGAGAUGCAUAG